GAUCUCAUCUCAAUUGCAGGUGAUAGUGAUAAGGGUACCCACUAAAUAAAUAAUUGAUUUUAUCUGAGAAAAGAAAUCUUUCCUUUUCUGGAAACCAUAAGAAGAUUUCAAAAAUUUCCGGAGUUGGAAGAAUAGGAACUGUCAGCGGAGGCGAUGGGUGCUUCAUCCUCGACGGAGAGCGUGUCGAUUGAACAACGGGAGGCGGAGUCCAUAGCUGCCUCUUCCGGGGCUCUCCCUGCUCUUCACACCACUUUCUGCACCCUCGCCGAUCCUAAUUCUCAUUCAAUUUCCCUCCAGUCUCUUCAGAAAUGCUUCAGUUUGACUUACAAAAAUCCCAUCUGUGAAGCACCGUCAAUACCUGAUGCUUUUCCGGAUUUGUUGGAUCAUUUUGGUUCAGCAAUGAUAGACCUAUUUUUUAUGCCUGAAAAAGAGGGAGUAAGCUGGGUAGGGUUUGUUAAAGGUUAUAACAAGUGUUCUGCCAGAAUGUCUUCCUCAAUGUCACUCAAUAACUUGCUGAGAGUAUUUUCUGCAACUGCAAGGAAAGCCGGUCUUCCUUUAAACUUGGAGUUCGAAUCUGAUGAUGCGGAUUGUAAGAUUAGUGGUUUUCUUCUGCCCGAUGAUGUGCUUUUGUUUUUUUGGUUAUGUUGGACCAUGGUAUGGGAUUCUCGAAAUUUGAGAUCUUCAAAGAUGAAAGCAAAUCUAUGCCUUCCUGAUAUCAAUCAUCUGGUGAUAUCAGCUCUAACUUCUUCUGAAGUUGGUAGCAACUUGAAUGUGUGGAAUUGCAACCUUUCAGGCCUGGACGUUCAACUUCCUGCUGGAAAGUUUAUUAGUUGGGUCUUGUCGACUUUGUCAAGCCUCCCUGAUUGCUUUUCACAAUUUGUCCAUGCAAGAAUUCUGAGCUGUGUCACUCAAGAGCAGCAGGAUGAUUCGGAAUCCUCACUUUCAUCAGAAGUAGGGGAGACAUCCACGUCCAAUUUAUGUGUUUCUUCUCUUUUAUCACGUGGAAUAGCAUGGGCAAUUUCCCUUACCAUGAGAAACACAAUAAGUGAAGAACUAUCAAGAGUGUGUUUUUUAACCAACAUGGAGGCAGAGGAAACAGACGAAAACCUUCUUUAUAGGUCAUCUCUUCAUGGAAGAGGGCUGAACCGUCUCUGGUCUAAUGUUGAAGGUUAUCAAGCUCCUUUGCUUAUGUUGAUAUCUUCUCAUUUGGAAGGUGCCUCGGAGAGUAGUAAUACCGAGAAGAAAUGCAUUAUAGGUGUACUUACACACCAGGGUUUUGAAAAUAAGGAUACCUUUUAUGGAAGUUCCGGAAGCAUAUAUGCUGUACAUCCAGUCUUCCACGCCUAUUCAUCUACUGGAAAGGAGAAGAACUUUGUCUAUACCCACUUGCAUGCUACUGGAUACGAACCACAUCCAAAGCCUGUGGGUAUUGGGUUUGGAGGAACUGCUGGGAAUGAGAGAAUUUUCAUUGAUGAAGAUUUUGCUCGAAUUACUGUUCGUCAUCAUGCAGUUGACAAGACUUACCAACAUGGCUUUCUCUUGCCAGAUCAGGGUUUCCUACCAUUUGAAGCUCCGAUUUCAGAAGUGGAAGUUUGGGGACUUGGUGGGGGCAGAAUCAAGGAAAGGCAAAAUAAGUUGAAAAAGAGAGAGGAGCUUUUCACUGAGCAAAGACGAAAGAUUGACUUGAAAACAUUUACAAAUUGGGAGGACUCACCUGAGAAAAUGAUGAUGGACAUGAUGUCUAAUCCCAAUGCAGUUCGACGAGAAGAGCGAUAAGUUUGAGAGUAUGCAGUUUACUUGAAGAGGGAUACUAUAUAAUUUACAGAUGAAUAAGUCCAUUUUAUCCAUUGCCAAUCCUGUUUUUGACAAUUUUGGUAAUUGGAUUGGCGAUCAACCUCAUGUUUAUUUAUGUAUGUACAUGAAGACUCGUGACAUUUGACGUAUGUUGUUGUUCCUCUCCCACCUUGGUUUUUUCCCCGAGACAAAUGUACCAUGCUGUUGAUAUGUAUAGGUAACAUAAGCUCUUGAAGAAAUUGUCUAUGCAAUAAAAAAUUGUGUAUGUAUUCCAAUAAUAAUAAAAAAAAUGUCGAUGCUUUCUUUUGUU